GAUCUUCUAGAUAGGUUUAUAGAGUGAUCUUAUCAAUAAACGAUGUGUUUGGGCUGGCUAUAGCUUAUGCUCACUCUGUUGUUGUGUAGUUAUCAAAAACAUCUAAUUUUGCCCGGUUAGACAGCUGUAAAUAUAAUGUCUUUACUUUGAAUGCUCACAGCCGAAGUCUUCCUUUUCAUUACGUAAAUAUAGCCCAAUGAACGUGUCCGGAUAAGUGUUCUGGAAAGAGACCAGGCGCUGAAGAAAAAUACAGGAUAUUUUAGCACUGAUCCAAGGCCUAGCCGACAAGUCCACAAAUCGGAGAGUCUCCGAUUCCCGUCGGAGAUUUGAUGUUGUACUUGUCAGUUUUUAGAUAUCAUUUGUAUUAGCUGUCGGAACAUGGACGCCGACAAAUUUAACUAUGUCUACAGUUGUGACUUGGACAUUAACGUCCAACUUAAAAUUGGCAGUCUUGAAGGCAAACGAGAGCAGAAGAGCUACAAGGCUCUGCUCCAGGACCCAAUGCUGCGGUUCUCCGGCCUCUACCAGGAGAACUGCUCGGACCUCUACGUCACCUGUCAGGUGUUUGCUGAGGGCAAGCCCCUGGCGCUGCCUGUGCGCACCUCCUACAAGGCCUUCAGCACCCGGUGGAACUGGAACGAAUGGCUGCGGCUACAGGUCAAGUACCCGGACCUGCCCCAGAGUGCCCAGGUGGCCCUCACCGUGUGGGACGUCUACGGCCCGGGCAGAGCCGUCCCUGUAGGUGGCACCACCGUCACCCUGUUUGGAAAGUAUGGAAUGUUCCGGCAGGGGAUGCACGACCUGAAGGUGUGGCCGGGCGUGGAGGGGGACGGCGGGGAGCCCACCAGCACCCCGGGCAGGACCAGCAGCAGCCUCUCUGAGGACCAGAUGGGCAGACUGGCCAAGAGUCCUGACCUGGAGUUUCUGGGUGAUCUGACGAAGGCCCAUCGACAGGGUCAUAUGGCCAAGGUGGAUUGGCUGGACAGGUUGACCUUCAGAGAAAUCGAAAUGAUCAACGAGAGUGAAAAGCGGAGCUCCAACUUCAUGUACCUCAUGGUGGAGUUUCCACGCGUCAAAACCAACGACAAGGAAUACAGUAUUGUCUAUUACGAGCAGGACGGAGACGAGGCCUCACCUGUUCUCACCAGCUGUGACAUCGUAAAAGUUCCCGACCCCCAGAUGUGCAUGGAGAACCUGGUGGAGAGCAAGCACCACAAGCUAGCCCGGAGCCUCCGCAGCGGGCCCUCGGACCACGACCUGAAGCCCAACGCCGCCACGCGAGACCAGCUCAACACCAUCGUGUGCUACCCCCCCACCAAGCUGCUGAGCUCUGAGGAACAGGACCUGGUGUGGAAGUUCAGAUACUACCUCACCACCCAGGAGAAGGCCCUGACCAAGUUCCUGAAGUGUGUGAACUGGGACCUGGCCCAGGAGGCCAAGCAGGCCCUGGAGCUGCUGGGCAAGUGGCGGCCCAUGGACGUGGAGGACUCCCUGGAGCUGCUCUCCUCCGCCUUCUCCAACCCCACCGUGCGGCGCUACGCCAUCACCCGCCUGCAGCAGGCCGACGACGAGGACCUGCUCAUGUACCUGCUGCAGUUGGUGCAGGCCCUCAAGUACGAGAACUUCAACGACAUCCUGGGCGGCCUGGAGCCGGGGAGCAAGAAGGACAGCCAGGGCCUGGGGGAGAGCAUCGUCAUGGGGGACAUGGACAGCUCUCAGAUUGUGACGCCCGCCCCGGCUCCCCCACCCCCUCCUACCCUGAAGACCAAGGAGGGGGCAGACAGCGACAGUACGGAGCAGGACUUGUGCACGUUUCUCAUAUCAAGGGCAUGCAAGAACUCUACCCUGGCCAACUACUUGUACUGGUAUGUGAUCGUGGAGUGUGAGGACCAGGACACCCAGCAGAGAGACCCCAAGACCCACGAGAUGUACAUCAACGUGAUGCGGAGGUUCAGUCAGGCCCUGCUCAAGGGGGACAAGAGUGUGCGUGUGAUGCGCUCGCUGCUGGCUGCCCAGCAGACCUUCGUGGACCGGCUGGUGCAGCUGAUGAAGGCCGUUCAGAGGGAGAGCGGGAACCGCAAGAAGAAGACGGAGCGCCUCCAGGCCCUGCUGGCGGACAACGACAAGGUGAACCUGGCCGACAUCGAGCCCAUCCCCCUGCCCCUGGAGCCCGAGAUCAGGAUCCGGGGAAUCGUACCGGAGACCGCCACGCUCUUCAAGAGUGCCCUGAUGCCCGCCAAGCUGAUCUUCAAGGCGGAGGACGGGGUCAUGUACCCGGUGAUCUUCAAGCACGGAGACGACCUGCGGCAGGACCAGCUCAUCCUGCAGAUCAUCUCCCUCAUGGACAAGCUGUUGAGGAAGGAGAACUUGGACCUGAAGCUGACGCCGUAUAAAGUUCUGGCCACGAGCACCAAGCACGGUUUCAUGCAGUUUGUCCAGUCGGUGCCUGUGGCUGAAGUCCUGGCGACGGAGGGGAACAUACAGAGCUUCUUCAGAAGACAUGCGCCCAGCGAGAAAGGGCCGUACGGCAUCAGCCCAGAGGUGAUGGACACUUACGUCAAGAGCUGUGCUGGUUACUGCGUCAUCACGUACAUCCUGGGCGUCGGGGACAGACACCUGGACAACCUGCUGCUCACCAAGACGGGCAAGCUGUUCCACGUGGACUUCGGCUACAUCCUGGGCCGCGACCCGAAGCCCCUGCCGCCGCCCAUGAAGCUCAGCAAGGAGAUGGUGGAGGGGAUGGGGGGCAUGCAGAGCGAGCAGUACCAGGAGUUCAGGAAGCAGUGUUACACCGCCUUCCUCCACCUCCGGAGGUACUCCAACCUGAUCCUCAAUCUGUUCUCCCUCAUGGUGGACGCCAACAUUCCCGACAUCGCCCUGGAGCCCGACAAGACGGUUAAGAAGGUGCAGGACAAGUUCCGAUUGGACCUUUCGGAUGAGGAGGCGGUCCACUACAUGCAGAGCUUGAUUGACGAGAGCGUUGGAGCGCUGUUCGCCGCGGUGGUAGAGCAGAUACACAAGUUCGCCCAGUACUGGCGCAGGUGAAAGGGGCGAGCGAGGGGUAAGACGCGCAGGACCGUUGCCAUGGAUGCGCAGGGCGGCAGCAGGGUCUCCUCGGGGUCCUAGAGACGACCACGAUGCACUUCCUGCCUUUUUACUGCAAUAUGGAAAAAAAAAAUGUACAAGGUCAAAGAUGAACGCCCUUGUUUUAACUCAUGCGUGUGUAUAUAAACUGUAUAUUGUUGAUACAUUAAUUAAAAUGAAGGCCAAAUAAAAAUGUAUUAUUAAAAAAAAGGAUACGCAACUUCCAUUCCUUUAUUUGAAAUUGCGGAGGGGAGGGGUACCUCUAUUCAAUACUAUUAAGCUGAAAGAUUUAGCUCAUACCAACGUUAAACUGGU